UUAGGCUCACGUUUGUUAAACCCGCUACCUGGAAUACCCCCCAGCCCACUUGGAAUGGGUUCGUAGUUUUUAGUAUCUGUCUGUGUUCAGUAGUGUGUUAGGACAAUCAGCGACCCCAACAUUUCCGGGCGUUGAAGGGGCCAAGCCAGGACGCAAUAGGGUCACUACUGUGUGUCGCCUACUCUGCCGCUCACCUAGCGUAAGGAAAAGGUUGCACAGGUAAAGGAGUGGAGCCGGAAGAACGAGCAAAUCGGGUUGCUCAGUUUUGGAUUCUUCUUUACAACUGAACUUGAUCAUUUUAUAGUAGUUCUGAUAUUCUGAAGGUAGAACACGGGAGACGAAUAAUGAUGGACCAGGGAAAGAAGAUCAUGUUGAUUGUAGUGGAUGUUCUUUGUGUGUUUGCUGUUGCCCUACCCUCUGCCAUACUGACCAUAAUGUUCCAGCCAUACCAGCGAGGCAUCGACUGUGAAGACAAGUCCAUCAGCUACCCGUUCAGACCGGCCACCAUCUCCCAUGGCACCAUGGCUGCAGUUACCAUCUCCUCCUCCCUCAUCAUAAUCACCAUUGGAGAGGCAUACUUGGUCUACUGCAAGCGGCUCCACUCCAACUCCCAGUUCAACCAGUACCUGGCAGCUCUCUACAAGAUAGUGGGCACCUUCCUGUUUGGAGCUGGUGUCAGCCAAUCACUUACAGACAUGGCCAAGUUCACCAUAGGUCGACCUCGACCCAAUUUCCUGGCGGUCUGUUCUCCCGUUGUGUGCUCUGGGUAUAUGCCUCAGAUCAACUGUACCGGCAACCCUCGCAACGUCACAGAAUCCAGGUUAUCCUUCUACUCGGGCCACUCCUCUUUUGGGAUGUACUGUAUGCUGUUUCUAGCACUGUACGUGCAGGCUCGUAUGCAGGGAAAGUGGACCCGCCUCGUUCGACCUACCAUUCAGUUUUUCCUGAUUGCGUUUGCAGUGUACGUAGGGUACACACGCGUGUCGGACUUCAAACACCACUGGAGCGAUGUGGUGGUAGGUUUACUGCAGGGGGCGCUCAUUGCUGUGCUGAACGUCCGCUACAUGUCAGAUUUCUAUAAGUCCCGCCCCUCCCGCUGCCUGCGACCAGCAAACCCCUCUGAGAACGAACACCUGGAACGAAAACCCAGCCUGCAGUCACCUGACAACCAACAUAGCAACCACUACAACUGCUCUGCGCCUGUAUGAGUAUUUGACAACACAGUAACAUCUUCAACUGCCACCAGAUGAGCUGUGUGAAACAACCACACUAUAAAAAAAUGUGACAAUCCAGGACAUGUUCAGACAACUUAAUCAGAAUGAAAAACCACUACAUCCACUCUGGUGCAAGCUUGUGAGCGCAAAGACAACACAUACCACAAUUCGCUCUAAACAAACCAACUUAAGGGAAUCAUAUGAUUUAAGCAUAUAUUAGUAAAAUGUUUAACCUGCUGAAGAGAAAAGGGGAAAUGGAUAGAUACAGAGAUAGAGGUAGAAACAACCAGACUUCUCCAAAUUUAUUCCAAAUGAAAUUAUCCAGAUUGUGCCUUUCAAGAGAUGUGUAUCUUUCUGAAACCAGUGUGCAUUGUAGCUAUAUCCCUUAUUUGUCUUCUUCCCUCUCUCGUUCCACUAGUGUGUCUUUAGACCACGUUUUUUUUACUCAAUAAUACAUGUCAGAAAUAUGUAUACUGCAUUACAUGUACCGAAUGUUGUCAUGCUGUUAUAUCUUAUUUUUGUUUACAGAAUCAUUGUCAAUUCAUUGUCUAAACCAACGUUGUAUAAACUGUAAGAAGGUAAUUCCAGUUCGUCAUUGUUCUUUUCUCAAAGAAAUAUUGGGCUUUUUGUACCUUUUAUAACUUUUUAUGUACAAUAUACAUGUUUUAUAAUGAUUAUACCAAACUGUAACUAUGAUGAUUUCCUAAUUGUUUGGAGAUAGCCAAUCAGUAAAGAGUAAAGCCAUGGAUUACACAUACACACAAAAGUAUGUUUGUAGGCUAUGCACACUUCUUAAACCUUAAGCCUUACUGUGAUGUAUCACUACACUCUAGAAGACGCCUGGGUGCCUACAGAACCACAGACCAGGGGAUGGGGAAUUACAAAACAUUUGUGUGAAGUCUGUGUAUGAUGUGGGGUUUUACACAUUGUUCAAGGUUUUCAAAUAUCUUUUGAUACUUGUUCUAUAUCCGUGGGUAUGUUUUUCAAUUACUUUAUGAUUAAAUAUGAGUCAAUAUGCCUUA